AUGGAUGGUGAAUCGUUAUGGGAAGUGUGGGAGAGAUGGAACAAUUUGCUAAGAAAAUGUCCAACACAUCGACUCCCUGACGAUGUGAAACUCGAGACAUUUUACCAAGGUUUGGAUGCUCAAACACGCAUGCUAGUAUAUACAUCAGCUGGAGGAGCAUUACUUACAAAGAGCUAUGAGGAGAGCGUGGAGAUAUUGGAUAGAAUAGCAACUAAUAAUUUCCAAUGGCCCACAGAUAGGGUACAUGCAAGUGGUUCGAAAGGAAGUACACCAACUGAAGUUUGUCUUGCAACUCAAAAUGAUGCAUUAGCAGCCGAGUUGGCCACAAUCAAGAGCAUGAUGAAGAAUAUGAUGUCAAGCAAUGGGAUGAAAGAGAAGAAGGUUGACUUUUGUGCAGUUUAUCAAGGCGUCCAUGGUUAUAGUGAGUGCCCACAGAAUCCUGAAUCUGUAUUUUUCAUGGGAAGUCAAAAUUUCCCACGACAAAACAAUCCAUACUCUGAAACAUACAAUCCAAGAUGGAGAAAUCAUCCUAAUUUCUCAUGGGGUGGACAACAACAACAAAUGCAUCCUCAACAAGAGCAGUUUCAGCAAAGGCCUCAAAACCCACCAAGGUUUUAUCAAAUGCCAAAUCAGCAAGUGAGACCACAAGGAGGUGCAUUCCACCAGGCAUCAGGAAGUAGUUCAAAACCAGCAACGCCUUCAUCAAAUCAAGAGAUGUCACCUUUCGAGAAAGCAAUGAUGGAGUUUAUGAUCAAACAAGAUCAAAAGACCGAGGCACGUGAAAAGAAUCAAGCAAUUGCUAUGAGAAAUUUAGAAAAUCAAUUAGGAUUAGGAAAGGAGUUAGCUCCAAAGAAUCAUGACUUACCAGUCACCGAUGAUGAGCAGCACCCGGUAAGUGUUGAGACUCAUAAAAAGAAGCAAGAAUUGAAAGAUGAUGAAAAAGAGUAUGUCGAGAUUGAGGACAUAACUGAUGAGGAGUACAUGAAGAAGAAAGUGAACAAGGAAGGUCCAACAAGUUCAAGUCCAAGUGUUGGAAAUGAAAAGAAAGCCCAAGAAAAAGAUGCUCGAACUGGUGCGACAGUUACACCAACAACCUUACCUUUCCCACCUAGGAAAACCUUAAAACAAAUGCCCACAUAUGCAAAGUUCAUGAAGGAAGUUCUUACAAGGAAAAGAGUUUCGAGAGAGUUUGAGACUGUUGCAAUGACGAAAAGUUGCACAUCAAUAAUCAAAAACAAAUUACCUGUGAAGAAGGAUGAUCCAGGUAGUUUCAUUCUACCGUGCAAAAUUGGAAAAUUUGACAAGAUUGGUUUGUGUGACCUUGGUGCAAGUAUCAAUUUAAUGCCUUUGUCAAUUUUUCGAGAAUUAGGACUUGGUGAAGCUAGACCGACCAUAGUUUCACUCCAGCUAGCAGACCGAUCUAUGGUAUAUCCAGAAGUUAAAAUAGAGGAUAUCAUUAUCAAGGUUGAUAAUCUUUUCAUUCCAGCUGAUUUUAUCAUUUUGGAUUAUGAAGCUGAAGAUGAUUGUGGAAUAAUUUUAGGGAGGCCAUUUUUGGCAACUGCUGAAGCUUUAAUUGAUGUAAAAAAGGGAGAGGUUACAUUGAGAGUAAAUGACGAGCAAAAGACUUUUAAUAUGUUUAAGGCUAUCAAAAAACCUUCUAAUGUGGAAGAAUGCUCAUUCAUACGAGUUACAAAUGGAUUGGUAGAUUUAAAGGAGACCCACUUGAACAAGGUGACUUGUAACAUGGAGAAAAAUAAAGAGUCCACAGUUAAAAGUGUAGUGACUCGGGUCAAGGAGAAGCAUGACUUGAAUGAUAGUGUGAUUGAAUCAUCUUUGCCAUCCCUUGAAAAAGUAUAUGAUUUAGAGUUGAAGUGGCCUUCAGAACACUUGAUGAAGGUUGGAAAGAAAAGGAUGAAACAUUUGUUGAGGCAUGAGGAGUUUAAAAUAGAAAAUCAUGAAAAUAUCAAAAUUCAAAUGUUUGGGGACACGAAAUGGCAGGGCAACGAGAUUUUGAAAAGAGACAAUGAGAGAAAGGAUUUGGGUGAUCAAACAACAAGAAAAACACCAUUUUAG